AGAGAAAUUGAGUGUAUAAUGGGGAAUUUGAAAGAGGGUUUCCGAUUUAGUCCUACUGAUGCAGAAGCUGUUACUUUCUUGUUGAGAUUCAUUGCUGGGAAAUUGAUGAAUGAUUCUGGAUUCAUCACUACUCAUGUUGAUACUUACAGUGAACAAGAACCAUGGGAUAUUUACAGUCAUGGAGUACCCUGCUGUAAUGACGACGACUGUAGUCAGUAUCGCUUCUUCAUCACAAAGCUCAAGAAGAAAAGCAAGUCAAGAUAUAAUCGCGAUGUGGGAAAUAAGGGCAGUUGGAAACAGCAAGACAAGAGCAAACCUGUUCGAAAGAAGGGUGGACGAGUGAUUGGAUACAAGAAGAGCAUGUGUUAUAUGAAUAAAGGCUAUAAACAGGAAAAUGGUCAUUGGUUGAUGAAGGAAUACGACCUCUCUACGUAUAUUCUUGACAAAUUUGACAAGGAUUGCAGAGAUUAUGUUCUCUGUGCUAUUAAGAAGAGAACUCGCACCAAAGGCACAAUGAAGUUGAUGAAUGCUGUUCCUGAAGAGUGCUCAAAUUUGGAAGACCAAACCUCGGCGUCUGUGGAAUCAACUAGUUAUGACGAGGCAUUACAAGCCCAAUUAGAGUUGCUGAACAAUAUGCAGGAUGAGACGAACAUGGUCGUGGAGCCAUUAUCAUCCCUUGAUACUUUUGAAGCCAUGCCCAUGCUAGAUAUUGAUUUUGAUAUUUUACCUGACUUUGAUUGUCUAGGAAGCAUUACAGAUUCAUUAUGUAGUUAUUAAUAUUCUUGAACAAGCUGUAUAAUUCAAUUUCUCUACUUUUAUUAUAUAGGAGUGGAACACAUG